UUGAAAUAAUUGUUUGGGAAAAAAAAAUUUAAAGACUUGUAUAAACAGUGCUUCUGCCUUAUUGUUAUUCUUCGACCACUAUCAGUGAAACAACUCCAUUUCCAAUAUCAGAAGUCGCCGCCGCGCCACCACCAUUCACCACAACCAUGUUCCGGCAAGCAUCACGCGUCUUGGCUCGAUCCAUCAAUCAACAGCCAAAGGUGAUGGUUCGAGCCUUCUCGACGGAUGUGCCAGCCACGCCAACUGUCGAUUCAACCUUCAUAGAAUCAUGGAAGAAGGUGAUACCGAAUAUGGAGCCUCCCAAGACUCCAUCUACCUUCAUGCAGCCUCGUCCGCCUACUCCCUCUACCAUUCCAUCGAAGCUCACUGUCAAUUUUGUGCUUCCCUAUGCAUCUGAGCUCUCCAAAAAGGAGGUUGACAUGGUCAUUGUACCUGCAACAACUGGCCAAAUGGGUGUUUUGCCAGGGCAUGUACCCACAAUUGCAGAAUUGAAGCCUGGGGUAUUAUCAGUGCACGAAGGAAAUGACGUGACCAAAUAUUUUCUUAGCAGUGGAUUUGCUUUUGUCCAUGCGAACUCUGUAGCCGAUAUAAUUGCUGUUGAGGCUGUGCCACUUGACCAAAUUGACUCAAGCUUAGUUCAAAAGGGGCUUGCUGAGUUCACACAGAAGCUCAGCUCAGCUACAACCGACUUAGAGAAAGCCGAGGCCCAGAUUGGUGUUGAUGUUCACAGUGCUCUCAACUCUGCUCUCACAGGCUAAUUAUUCUCUGCAUAUGCCUCCAGUUCUUUUUCACUUUGUCCUUUUCUUUUUUGGCGUCAUUGGCUUUUUAAUUUUGUUUUGUUCUUCAUAAUCCUCCCCGGAGCCCGCAACAGCGGUAUGCUUGUACACUGGUUCGUCCUUUAUAAUCUGUGAACUGCAUAGGCUUGUGACCUCUUUGCCUUGAUUCUCGGGAAGGUAAAUAAAGUCUUCAGAAACAAGAAUUAAAAUGCAUUUGCUUUAUUCACCAAGGCAUCCCUUAGCAUGGGAAGUUGCUGUUACUGAUUGUCGGUUUGGUAGUUUUUUGUUGAAAUGAUAUAGUUAGUUAUCCGUA